CUCUCCCCUUCUCCUCUCCUCCAGCCCUCCUCUUCACUCAUCUGCUGCAACCCUCCAUUCAUCUGGAACCCUGAACAAAAUCAGUUCUCCAUGACCGUACGAACCCUGUACUACUUGCAUCAUUGAUGCAGGAUCUCCCUCUGCGAAUCCUAAACUGCUUAACCUUUAGAUUCGUCAUCCUCCCCCAGAUCAGACUUCAUCCUCAUGGACACCUCAAGGAACAUCCUCUCCAUCUCCGGAGCGCUCUACCACCUGAUCGUCAUGACGCUGACACUGGGCCAGGGCGCCCGUUCAAUGCCCGUUCCCACUGACGGCCCCAUGUGCACAGCCUCAGAAACAGCCCACUACAAGCUAACGUUUUUUGGCAAGUGGACCAGGGCCGCGUUCCCUAAACAGUAUCCUCUCUACCGUCCCUCUGCACAGUGGUCAAACCUCAUCGGUGUGACCCACCGCUCCGACUACCACAUGUGGCAGCGUAAUGGGUUUGCCAGCAACGGAGUGAGGGAGUUUGCAGAGAAAGGCGAGGCCUGGACGCUCAUGAAGGAAGUCGAAGCGGCCGGCGAACGCAUCCAGAGUGUUUAUGGGGUCCUCUCCGCGCCCGCUGUUGUGGGAGGCACAGGCCGGACAAACGCUGAGUUUGAGGUCUUCGCCAAGCACUCUUAUCUGUCGUUUAUUGUGCGUCUCGUUCCAAGUCCGGACUGGUUUGUGGGAGUGGAGAGCUUUGACCUGUGUGACGGCGACCACUGGAAAAACGACGUGCUGCUGGAGCUUUUCCCAUACGACGCAGGAACCGACAGCGGGUUCACCUUCUCUUCUCCCAACUUCGAGACCAUGCCACAGGACAAAAUCACACAGAUCACUGCUUCCUCCCCUAGCCACCCUGCCAACUCGUUUUACUACCCCCGCCUGAAGCACCUGCCGCCCAUUGCCAAGGUACUGCUGACUAAGAUCAGGAAGACCAAUCAGAUCAUCAGCCUCCCCGUGGAUCCCUCCCAGUCCAACCAACUGCUAACAGGAAACGAGAUUGAGGACACACCCAUAAACACCCCUCUGGACUGCGAGGUGUCACUGUGGUCUCCUUGGGGCUUGUGCAAAAGCAAGUGUGGAGACUCCGGCGUGCAGCACCGCACACGCUAUGUCGUCAUGCACCCAGCGAACAAUGGAUUCGCUUGCCCCCUGCUGGAGGAGGAGAGGAAGUGCUUACAGGACAACUGUUUAUGACUAAGCCAGGGCAGGAGGGAGAAGAAAGAGAGGAACGAGGGGAGAGACAAGAAAGAGAGGAAAUCCAGGAAAGGGAGGAAAGGACGGAGGCGGAGAAACAGGAAAAGGUGUCCGGUGUACGCACAUGAGGCGUAAGCACGAUGACGUGGACGCCAAUAUUUCCUCCAUUGGCCCAGCUGCUGCCGUCUGUGGAAAUGACUGAUUGAUUGUCGUCCUCAAGUCACAUUGAUAGAUCUGACAGCACUAGAGAAGUGUAGUUUGGCACAGCGGCUAUUAGACACCACUUUAGUUUUUGGCAGAUUAUGUCAAACUUGCUGUUUUAAACAUAGUUAUUAACUGAAAACCCAUUUCACACGAUAACUUUGUUAUAAUUGGACUUUUCUGAAGAUCCCAGACAUUUGUUGUUCACAGUGGAUUACAAGUGGCAGCAGCUUCUAUCAAGCAGAUACAAAAAAUUUACAAAACGUACACACGAUACUUGAAAUUUGAAAUUUUUAUAUCAAAGAAAUAUUACAGAAAAUCUAAAUGUCAGCUAUGGCACUUGGGGAAACACGAUGCCUCAAUUGUUCCAUGAGCAGAAGUACAGCUGUGCUAGAUAAAAAGUGAGUCAGACAUAUAAAUUAUGCACGGCCCUCCCCCGCAUUCAAAACAUAACCUUCAGAGGCCCCGUGGUCGUUUUCCUGAAGACAAAAAAUAUAUUUAUUGACAGGAUUUGAACCUGUAGUUUACAAUAUAUCAAAUCUCAAUGUAAUAAUUUGUAGGUCGUUUUGUUAUGAUAGUAGUUUUUGGGAAAAGAACAUUAUAAUGCGAAAAAUGUACACAAAAAUGUUGUCUGUAUUUUUUUCUGUACGAUCAAUAAAGUGUAAAUAUAUCUUAA